CGCUAGCUUCUUGCACCGGCACUUUUGCUCGGUAGUUUCACCCCUUGAGGGGGCAUUGGGGUCUGCAAAAGUGGUGCGUUGUGCAGCGGACAACCAUCACUAUAAACGCCGCAGCCCUACGCCAUCGACGCUCGCAGCCUAGGCCAAACACAAGAGGAGGUGCAUUAGCCCAUUUAUCGGAUAGAGACGCGGCAAGCCGUCGCCGUGGCAGGAAUGGCCACAACGAAGGGGCGGCCCCGCGCCUCGCGCAGCCCGCCGGCCCAGCCGCUGCCGCCGAACGCCAUCGAGAAGAUUAGGUGUGUACCGGGCAACGACUUGUGUUUGGACUGUAGAGCUGCCGAGCCGGACUGGGCCGACGUCCAGCAUGGAAGCUUGCACUGCAUCCAGUGCGCGGGCCGCCACCGGGGCCUGGGCGUGAAAGUGAGCGUGACACGAAGUUUAACCAUGGACAACUGGACCGAGGCCAAUUUGUUAGCCAUGUUGUUAGGAGGGAACAAGCAACUCAGAACCUUCUUCGAGACGCACACGAUUGAGAAUAGCGAUAUUGAGGUCCUGUAUCGGACGAAGCAGGCGUCGUACUACCGAGAGCAGCUCCAGGCGCAAGUUGCGAAGAUGGCGCUACAGCGACGCAAGUCCAAGAGCCCGCCUCCUAUUAGUAUGCCGGCCACACCAGAACCUCCACCGAAGCCCGACGACGGCUUCGCGCGCGAUUUUGAUGUGGCUCUACGCACGCCCUCGCUAGGGGCAUCGUUAACUAGAGCAUUGCCGCCGCCCGGCGUCACGUCGCCCAUCCAGGGCAACGGUUCCAUGGCGCUCGUGACCAAAGUCGUCACGAACGGGCCGGCCCACUCGGCCGGCGUCCGCGUGGGCGAUUAUGUGGUUGCGCUGAACGGGCGGCCAGCCACCGACUACGACGAGGUCGUGGCCCUGUUCGCGCGCGCGCCGCGGCCGCUGCGGCUGACGGUGCGGCGCUUCGGCGGCGACGCGUCCGCGGCCGGCGCCGAUGAAGCCGCGCGCGACGCGAUGCGCGGUGCCUCGCCGCCGCCGCCGCCGCUCCCUGAGAAGUCCGCGGCCUUUGGAGGCGCGCCGCCGCCGGCCACCGAGCCAGAGGCCGCCCAGGACGCGCCGGAGACGGCACCGCCGCCGCCCGCGCCGCCGCCGCCGCCGGACUCGCCGCCGACGCCGAAACGGAAGCCGCCGGAGCCCGAGGUCCUCGAGGCGUCGUUCGGGCCCGGCCCGCUGGGCCUCACCGUCGACCGCGACGCCGCCGGCGCGCCCUGCGUCACGCGCGUGGCCGAGGACGGCCAGGCGUCCAAAGCUGGUGUCAGAGUGGGCGACGUGGUUAUAGCGCUGAACGGGACUAGCGCGCCGGCCUACGAAUCUGUGGUCCGGGACCUGCCCGCGCUGCCGCGGCCGACUUUGUUAAAAUUUCGACGGCCCCAGCAGAUCGUCAUCGACGACGCGCUGAAGCCGUCGCCGACGAAGCCGCCCCAGGUGACGCGCGCGCGCGGCCCUGCGUUCAAUGGUAAAGGGUCCAAGGUCUUCGCCGAGGAGCUCGACGACGGAUCCACCACCAAGGUCGGGCUCCCGUCGCCCGACGACGCGAACGAGUACGACGUGACCUUCGAGAGCGGGCCGCUCGGCUUUCGCCUCGAGGAGCGGGGCGGCCUCGUGGCCGUGUCGCUCGUGACCUCGGUGGAUGCCGCGGGUCAAGCGGCGGCGGCGGGCGUGCGGGCCGGCGACGUCGUAUUGGGCGUCAACGGCGAGCGGUACCUGUCCCACGCGCACACGGCGGCGACGCUCAAGCACGGGCGGCGGCCGGUCGAGCUGCGGCUGCGGCACAGCGACUGAGUUGUCGAUCGUCUAUUUUAAUAAUUAUAUGUAUCCAA